UAUUAUGGAUAAUUGUGAGCAGUGAGCAAGAAAUUCAGAAGCUCUCUCUUCUCCACCCUCCAAAGCAAAACACACACACUGUUCAAUUCAAUGGCGGUUUCUUCAAUUUCCGCAACCCUAAUUCCUUCUCUUCCCCUCUCCAAUUCUUCUCCAUUUCCUUCCUCUAAAGCCAAGCUCACUUCUUUCUCUUUGCCCGCUUCCCACAAUGUCACAAAGCUUCCAGCUUUGAGACCCUCACUGUUGUCAUCCACUAGGGUCUAUGCUGCUCCUGAAGUCCUCGAUAGCCCAGUUCCGCCUCCAGAAAUCCUUGAAGGGCCCAAUUCCGACGAGACUCCGAGCACUUCGUCACUCAGCAUUGGUGGGGAUGAUAAGAUAACACCGAAGCAGAAGAUUAGGAUUAAGCUUAGAUCGUACUUUGUGCCUCUGAUAGAGGAUUCUUGCAAGCAGAUAAUGGAUGCUGCAAGGAACACAAAUGCAAAGACUAUGGGCCCUGUGCCCUUACCAACUAAAAAGCGGAUCUACUGUGUUCUGAAAUCACCCCAUGUCCACAAGGAUGCAAGGUUCCAUUUUGAGAUCCGUACCCACCAGCGACUUAUUGACAUUCUUUACCCAACUGCCCAGACGAUCGAUUCCUUGAUGCAACUUGACCUUCCUGCUGGAGUUGAUGUUGAGGUCAAGCUUUGAAGAAAGGGGGCAGCUUAGGUGCUGGAUUGCAAGUAAAAGCACAUGAAGGAGGAUUCAAUGGUUCACAUUCAUUUUAUGGAGGGCGACAGACCUUAAGAGCAAGUUUUCUGAUAAUUUGACCCUUUCCUGAAAUUGUUGUGUUUGUCAAUGAUAUAAGCAUAUUAUGGGAUAAUUGAACUGCCGGUUUUGGAUCGGAAAUGAAAUAUAGAGAUUGGCAUUUGUUUA